AUGUGUGCAAAGAGCGCCUUCCACAUCAACAACGAGACAAUCAAUAUCUGGAGUCAUUUACUAGGAUUCAUCUACUUCACCUAUCAACAAUACUACACAAACUACAUAGUUCUCCCAUCAGUUGGAUCUCAUAAAGCUGAUCAUUUCGUGUUCACUCUAUCAAUAUUUGGAAUGCAAAUGUGUAUGCUCCUCUCAGCAAGUUAUCAUACAUUCGGGUGUACAAGUAUUGAGAUGAGACAGAAAUGGCUGAAAAUGGAUAUAUUCGGAAUAUCGGCGGGUCUACUUGGAAUGUAUUUGAAUGGAAUUUACACUGCGUUUUUCUGUUUCCAGGACCACCUAACAUCUUACAUUUACAUUCUUCUCGGCAUAUUCGUCUGCUUAUGUACCGACUCGGCAAGAUUUCUUUGA